AUGGGUUCAGUACCAGAGACGCAGCAAUAUGAAAUCCCCACCCACUGCAAAGCAGGCGUCGUCGUCAAUGAAGGCCCAAACUUCCAUGUCGAGGUACAAACGGUACCAGUUCCCGAACCAGGACCCGACGAUGUCUUGAUUCGACUUAACUUCACGGGCCUCUGCUCCUCGGAUAUCCAUAUGAUGCAGGGUGAUCUGGGUUCACCACCCAUGUCGACCUUCGGCGUUCGAUCCCCGGGUCACGAAGGUGCCGGCGUUGUCGUCAAAGUCGGCGCCAAUGUGAAGAACUUCAAGCUCGGUGAUAGAGCUGGUAUCAAGCCGCUCACUGAUACAUGCGGUUCUUGCCAUUUGUGCUGCGAUGAUAAGGAGACGUACUGCAGGACGGCUAUUCAUACGGGCUUGAUGACUGCUGGCACAUACCAGCAAUACCUGGUUUCUCCUGCACGAUAUGCCUCGCCCAUUCCGGAUGGUGUCCCCGAUGAAAUCGCCGCGCCGAUUAUGUGCAGCGCAAGCACGAUUUACCGGUCGCUCCUUGAGUCCAAUCUCAAAGCAGGAUCUUGGGUGGUAUUCCCAGGUGGCGGUGGUGGUGUCGGUAUCCAGGGUGUACAACUAGCCAAAGCAAUGGGCAUGCGCCCUAUCGUCGUGGACACGGGCAGUGAAAAACGCGAUUUAUCACUGAAAAUGGGCGCAGAAGCAUUCAUCGAUUUCAAAGAAGAACAAGAUCCUGCUAAGGCUGUUAUCAAGGUCGCGGAUGGAAUCGGGGUUCACGGUGUCUUUGUGACGGCCCCUGCUGCGUAUAAGACGGCGGUUUCGUUCGUGGGUGAUCGGGUGGGAUCUAUGGUGAUGUGUAUUGGGUUGCCUGCGGUCGGGUCGGUGACUUUGGGGACGGAUCCUUGUGAGUAUGUUUUUAAGAAUCUUAGUAUUAAGGGGACCUUGGUGGGUAGUCGGAGGGAUACUGCGGCGGCGUUGGAUUUUGCGCGGCGUGGGAUGCUGAGGCAGAUUAGUGAAGUUUAUCCACUAAAUCGACUGCCGGAGGCGGUUGAGAAGCUUCGCAAGGGGCAGGUUGCGGGGAGGAUUGUGAUUAAUUUUAAUUGGGAGGAGUGA